AUGCCGUUGUUACCACCAGGCGUGACAAAUGAGGAUAUUCAAACCUUGAAUGUGCUUGUUGGUCAGAUAUUUGACUCGGCUCAGCGGUCUAUAGCUACUCAUCAGAAACUGGUUAUCAAGCUUUCAGCACUUCGCGACAAGUCCAAUAAACAUGGGCUCGAAAGUAUAUUCAACAAAAUCUUCGUGAUGAUGAUUAAUCGAAUUCUUCCUGUCAAGAAAGGGGAAACUUGUGCAGACCGAAUUGUCAAGUUUGUUGAGACAUUUGUUAGUCGCCAAGCAAAUGAUGGAAAUGAACAAAACACCGAUGAAAAUGAAGAAUCAUCGAUUGGCUAUUUUGCCGAGUUUAUUAUUCAACAUCUUCGUCGCGGUAUUACUGCUAAAGAUAAGAAUGUUCGGUUCCGUUGUUGUCAGCUCAUUGCUGUCACCAUCAAUCAUAUUGGAGAGAUUAGCGAUGAUUUAUUCAGUGAAAUCAGUCUAGACUUGAUUUCAAGAUUACACGACAAAGAACCCUCAGUUCGUCUCCAAGCCUCACUUGCACUAUGCAGACUCCAAGGCGUGGACGAAGAGGAAGACGAGGAUGAGGACGAAAUUGGAAAGACAUUGAUUUCCUCGUUACGCACAGAUACUAGUGCUGAAGUUAGGCGAGCUAUUCUUCUCAAUCUUGUCAAGACUCCCAAGAGUCUGCCGUAUCUUUUAGAAAGAGCUCGUGACGUCCAUCCAACGACCCGUCGAUGUGUCUACUCGCGCACGUUGAAAGAAAUCGGUGAUUUCCGUCAGUUAAGUAUCGGCAUGAGAGAAAAAAUUCUUCAGUGGGGAUUACAAGACCGUGAUUCUGCAGUUCGUACAGCAGCAACUAAGAUGUUUGUUUCCAAUUGGCUUGAAACAACCAACAAUGAUCUAGUUGAGUUGCUGGAACGUCUAGAUGUGUUGAAUAGUAAAAUCGCCGAGACAGCUAUGUUGGCCUUUUUUGAUUCCAGGCGGGAUGUUUUGGAUAAACUACAAUUUUCUGACGAGUUCUGGCAGGCUUUGAGUGGGGAGUCGGUCUUUUUAGCACGUAUGUUCAAUCAGUACUGCAAUGCACACGAUGAACUGAAAGACUUGGCUGAUGUAAGAAUGCCAGAACUGACCAAACUGGCUUUCCUGACGGAAAAGUACCUGGGAUUACUGGAAAAGACUGGCAAUGACCCAGAAUUGGAGUUUAUCAUUGAACAGCUUCUCACAAUAAUCUCGACCUCGGAUUUCAGUGACGAAAUUGGCAGGCGUAAAAACCUUGUUAUGCUACGAAAUUCCAUCGUGGCCCUAGAUCUUAAUGAGAGCCUGAUCAACCUUUCAAUGGAAAUAAUAUACAAAAUCUCGGUUAGCGAGCGAGACUUUUCUCAGAUAUUAGUUGAGUUGAUCGACGAUAUCCGUGAUACAGUUGAUCAAAACGACGAGUCAAACGAAUCACAGCUGGUAGUUCUGUUGAAGUGUCUAUUUGUAAUGAAGAGUGCUCUUGAGCUGAUCCGGUCGCCUCUCGAGGACAAUGUGCAUCUCAACUCACUUUUACACGCCCUGGUUGUUCCUGCAAUGGAGAAUGGAGAAGCUGCAGUGCGAGAAAGAGGUAUCCACUGUCUUGGACUGUGUUCAUUCCUUAGUAAAGAUCUGGCAGCCAAGAAUCUGGACAUUUUUGUGCAAUGCUUUGCACAGGGUCAUGAAUCACUGAAACUGGAUGCCAUUCGAAUUAUCAGCGACCUGCUGAUUAUUCACGGUCUUGAUGUGGUGAACGAAGAUAGCUUGAUGACCAUUUACAAGUUGUAUUACAAGGCAGUUAGAAAUACCAGGCUGCCUGAAUUGCAAGCACUGGCUGCCGAAGCAGUUUGCAAGCUGCUUCUCCAGGGUGUAUUUACCGAAGAAGAUGUAAGUUUGAUGUGGGACACCAACAACAAAAAGACAAAAAAAAGAGCAUACAUAUACUAA